CCAAUCGGCGAGAGGAGGGCGGACUCAGGAGGAGCACACAUGAGUUGUCAAACAGGUUUGUCUUGAGCUGCUAAAUCCUCUCAAACACAUUCACACACAUUCUCCUCAACAGGGCAGCACAGUGAGUACGCUGGGCUGAAACAAGCAACCCAAGAGAGGCUCAGGACACCAACAGGGACUGUCAAGAAAGUCCAAAUGCCAGUUCAACUGAGAUGCUGAGAUUACUCAAAUUCUGCGGAACCAGGAGAUUUACUCCAAGGUGGCCGAAGACAAAGCUGUGAACAGAAAGUGCACAAGGACAGGUACGACUACUAGUUUUACAAAAAUGCCUUUGGAGACUCUCCAGCACCCUGCCAGGCAGCCAGCGAGGACCGCUGUGGCUGCCACGCCACCACGCUUGCGGCCCAAGGGGCCAGUGGGGCCAGACUUCUACCGGCAGCGCAAGACAACAGCAGGCGGACCAAAGCAGAGUGCGGUGGAGAGGCUGGAAGCAGACAAGGCCAAAUAUGUCAAGAGUCAGGUGGCUCUUUCUAAACAGCAGCCGGUCAGGCCUCCUGUAAUGCGUAAACCUCUGCUGAACCCCAGAACUGCUCUGCAGCCCACCAGGAAGACACCCACCCAAACCAAAACAAAGCAGGAGGUAGUCCAGCUCAACCUGGAGGAUCUGAGUAACCUGAUCAGUGGUGUGAACGAUGGUGCUGCUGUAAACUCAGAGGACAGUGACGCUCCUAAUGGUGUUGCUACUUCACACAGCUCUCCUUGCUCCACACCUGCAGGGGCGCAGCAGAAGAAGGAGCGGCCGUGUCCACCCCCUCGUCCCGACUGGUCCAGUCCAGCUAAGGUGAGAUUAAAAGCCUCUGGACCUGCCAGGGUAGAGAAUCCCAGUUCUCCUGGGUCUCCAGCUGCAGGGACCGUACGCAGAGUGGACGUCAUGCCUCAGGCCAGCCCUGCGAGGACACCCGGCAGACCGCCUCAGUACAUCCGGCAGCCCCUUCAGCCCAUACCUUUACACUCCCAGUUUCCACUCCGCCCGGCUACCUCACACCUGCGUCUCUUCCACACCAGAACAACACCACGUCCUUCUCCUCUGAAACCUGUUGUUGCUCUAUCUAAACCUGACAAUCCUCUCUUCUCUCCAGCUGAAACCCCCGUCCCCGCUCCCCCCGUCCUCCCUGUUUUCCCUCCUCGGUCCCCAGCGAUUACCCGUUUGUCCUCCUCCAGUUCCAGGAAGCGCCCCUCCCUGACCCGCUCUAAAUCGGACAUGAGUGACCGGUGCUCCCGAGCCGGGACAGAGAUGGAGCGCUUCUUCAACCUGUGCGGUUUGGACCCCGCUGACCUCCAGCUGACGGGGUCUAAUUCUGACAUUGUGUCCAUGGCCCGUUUCCGCAGCGUGAGCGCUCCAGGGUCCGAGUGCGCAGGCUCUGGUAGAGAAGAUGAAGAUGAGGAGGAAGAGGAUGCUGGCAACGCUGCAGAGCGUGUUCCCUAUGGUGUUUCUGUUAUUGAGAGAAAUGCCAGAGUGAUCAAAUGGCUGUAUGGACUCCGUCAGGCCAAAGACAAUGCAAGUAAGAGCACCAAUUUAUAGGGUGCUGUUAGAUGGUCUGCAAGAUUUAAAAUAAUAAAAAAUCCAACAUGUCACCAUUGCAAAACACAAAGAGUGAUGGGAUUAAACGGAGCUAUGUUUUAUAGGGAUGGAUACAAUUUGUCUGACAAAUAAUUCACUUCCAUGUGGUCCCAUUGUUUGUUUUGUUUUAUAUUUUUAUUUUAUUUUACAGAAUAAGAAAUGUUGACAUUUUUGUUAUUGAAAACAGAAAGGGUUAUUUUUACUCUGAGAAAGUCUGCAAUUUUUUUUGUAAUUUUUUCUUUUCAUAAUGGGGAUGUUGUAGCGUCAUCUCUGGUCACGAUCAUGUAAAUAAACGGCAUUAAAGAUUGAAUGAUGAAAGCA